GGGCGGGGACAAAGAGAGGAGCGCGUUGUCAAGGCGAUCCGCCAGGGGGCGCUGCGGUCUGUUUACUACGAGAAAAGUUAGCGGUGUGUUUUUAAAUUUUAAUUUUUUCUGUGUGUUGUUGCUGUUGAUUUUAAAUAGCGUAGCAUGGAUAUGCACGACACCGGCACACUACAGUUCUGUUGUCGGCUCUGUAGUUACUCCAGCCCCAGUGUGGAGCGCGUCCGGGAGCACCUGGGCUCCCAGCAUGCCGUGCAGGGGGCGUGGCUGUGCCCGCUGUGCCAGGCGGAGCUGCGGGAGGAGGAGGGGCUAACGGAGCACCUGAGGAACGGGCACAGCGUGGUGCCGUCCUGCCUUGAGAGGCUGCUACAAGCUGCUGUGAAAGUCGACGCUCAGAUCUCCACUCGAACCGUGCGUCGCACACUCGCUGCUUCGUACAACAGUGACAUCACAGAAUCACACACAGAAUCCAGAAACCAAACGAAGAUGCCGACCCGUCACCUACCGGCGCCGGUCCCCCCCAAUCCCCCUCCAACCCAGUCCAAACGGGGGGAGCCCUCUCCCCUCGCCCUGGCUCAACCAGUGAAGCCGACUCUCUCCACUCAGCCAGCCAGGGUGGGAGGCAGUGGCAUGACAAUCCACGACUUCCAACCGGACCCGGACCCCACACUCCGGAGCCACGACGAAGGAGGCUCCGGUUCGGACCCGGACCCCCUCGGCCCUCUCUCGGGGUCCUGUGAAGGCGCCGCCCAGCCCCCAGCUCUGGACAGUUUCCAGGACCCCCAGCGGCCUCACAAGUGCAAGCCCGUGUCUCACCUGCAGCCGAUGAGCAGGGGGUCCGGUUGGAACGCUGGUAACGGCAGCGCCUGUUCUCCAGCCACCCCGGACAAAAAACCCUACAAGUGCGUGACCUGCAGCGUGGCGUACAGUCAGAGCUUGACCUUUGACAUACACACGCGGUCCGUCCUGCAUUUGAGCCGAGUGAGAGCGGCUAAUUCUACCACCACUACUACUACUGCUAAUAAUAAUAAUAAUAAUAAUAAUAAUAAUAAUAAUACCACCACUACUGCUGCUAAUACAAUUUCUAGUGGUCUUAAUAAUAAUAGUGAUGAUGAUGAUGGACCCAAAGCUCACGGUAGCGACCCGCCUCCAAAAGACUCAACGGAAACCAGUUUGAAUGCCAGCAGGCCGCCGGAACCAGUAACGGCCUUCCUCUACCCCCUCUCCUGUCCCCAAACAGCAUCGUCCCCCCUCCCCCUCCCCCUCCCCCUCUCCUGCCUCCUGCCCCAGACGGUCUCUCUCUUUGCCCCGAUGCUGAACGGUUUGAAUCAAUCCGGAGAAGGGGUCGAUUUGGGAGGGGCGGGAGGGGGAGUGUUGCCCCAGAAUCCUCUCUCUCUGCUGGGGCUGAACUUCCAGCCCGCCUCGGCGCCCCGUCUCUUAAACGCGCUUCACGGACCGAUGGGGGAGCGAGGGAGCACGGACUCGCGAGGAGGAGGAGCCGGAGAAAUGCGAGGCAAACCUUCAGCCAACGGGACUUCGCUGCUGACGAAGGCUGAAGGACAAGAGCAGGAAGAGGAGGCACAAAACGAGUUGAGGGAGAGAGGAAGAGGAGAAGAGAAUGAGGGGGCCCCAAACGGAGAGGGUGCCGAAUUCAGAGAACGCGAGGCGAGAGAACGGGUGCAAGAGGAGGGAGAAAUUGGGGUUCGGAACGACCGACACGAAGAGAGUGGAGAGGAGGAGGAAGAAGAGAGAAAACAGCAAAACCAACAGACAGAUCAAAAGGAGACCGGGAAGGAGGAGGAAGGGGUGGGGCUUAACGAGACAGGGGAGGGGCUUAACGAGUUCCAGUCCGAAGUUCUCCGCGCUUUCGUGGAGUCGGAGAGGGAACCUGGGGCCCGGGGGCCCGGCAGGGUGGAGGACUGUGAGGCCCUGGCCAAGCUAGUGGCCCUGCCCCCAGCGAGGGUCCGAACCUGGCUGGAUCGGGCCAGGGGCCGGAACCACAGCGCGAACAGAGCAUCGGCAAGCUGCGCGGAUGAGAAGGGAGAGGGGGGCUUGAGAGAGGCGGAGAGACUGGGGGGGGAGGAGAAGGGGGCCCGAGAUUUAGGGGAAGGAGGAGGGGCAGCUGCUGUUAAUAACGGGGGUUGCUGUGCUGGUAGUAUUAAUGGUUAUAGUGUAAGUGGUAGGAAUGGGCUGACUGGUCCUGCUAGUGCUAAAGAGUUUUCUAUGGGAGAUGAGGAAGAUCCCACCGCUGACACCAGUGCUGAGAAAGAAGGGGAUGAGCGAGGGGAAGGGGAGAUUGAAGAAGGGAUAGAGGGAGGGAGAGGGGCUAAGAGAGGGAGGGAGGAGAUGGAGGGAGUGGAAAAAGAAACGGGAGGAGAGCAGAAGGGGUUAAAGAGAAGUAAAGAGGAGGGGAGGGAGGAGGAAGGAGGGAGCGGCGAAGUGAAAAACGAGAUAUCUGACAGUCGGAGAAUUUCUGAGUCCCCGUUGGAAGCCGGUGGCCUUACCCCGCCCCUCAAUCUCUCCCCGCACCCCUGCCUGGGCCUCAAACCGGCGGUGAGCCCCAUCCUCAAUCGCUACCAGAACCCCUACGUGAUCCAGGGGCCCCCCAGGGCAAGAAACCCAACCUCUGGGUGGCUGCACAGCACCCCAACCGUGGGCAGAAUCUCUUCUCUCUCCCUCCCCUCCCACUCCUCCUCCUCCUCCUCCCGCUCCUCCUCUCCCCUCCUCACCCAGACGACGCAGCUGGGAGACAAUGAGGCUGCCGUGGAUAUGACAGUACCCACGGCCGGCCGAAAGAGAAGGGGAGAGAAGGAGAAAGGAGAAGUGGAAAGAGGAGGCAGCGAAAAGGACGACCUGCGGGAAACGGGGAGCGGAGAAGUUUUGGAGCCCCCGAAUCCUCUCCCCAGCGUCCUCGCGGACCCCGAAAGCGACGAGGAGUCACCCCCGCUCCUCAGAGACGGCCGGCGCUCUCGCACCACCAUCCACCCCGAACAGCUGGACUUCCUGUACGGCUGCUACUUCCGGGACGCCAACCCCAUCAAGAGAGACUUCGAGCGAAUCGCCCGCUGGGUCGGCCUGGAGAAGAGAGUGGUGCAGAUCUGGUUCCAGAACAUGCGGGCCCGCGAGAGGAAAGGGGAGGUCCGCUUCUUCAGCGACGGGACUCUGGCCGCCGUGGGGAAGCCAUUGAUCCGGUUCACCUGGCCCCCUGCCCCCUUAGUCGAGCCGCCCAGCCCGGAGAGAGCCGGGAAAGAGGCCGUCGGAGUCCUGCUGGGUCGCACACCGGCUCCCCCGGUUGAGGAGGGGGAUCGCGGAGAGGCCCGUUUUUUUGAGAGCGUGUCGCUCAAGAGGAUCAAAUUUGAGGGAGAAGGAGAACGGAGGGACUCUCCGGCUAGCAAGCUGGCUGGCCAUCCUUUGGCCGCAGCGAAAAGCGGCGAUGGCAGCCACCUUCGCCACCAUCACCACUAUCUCCGGAACAGCAACGCUGGCAACGGUGAUAACCGGAAUAUUAAUGAACCGUUCCGGGAGGCUGGGGAGGCGGCAAAGCAGCUGCGGUUUAAACUUGAGGAGGAGAGGGAGGAGAGAGAUCGGAAAGCGAGCUCCCUUCAGCCGCCCGCCCCUCCACCCUCCGCUUGCCAGACUCGCUCACAGAUCCAGAGAGACGUUUCCGCGAGGAAGAGGACGCCACAGGAGGAGGAGGAGGAGGAGGAAGGAGCCCAGCCCGAGGCUCAGAAACGCAGGCCCAGGACCCACCUCAGUCGGCAGCAGAUCCUGGUCAUGCAGGCCUGUUUCAAACGGUGCCGUACCCCCACUGCUCAGGAGUGCCAAGUCCUGGCCAGCGAACUGGGCCUCCCGCUCAAGGUGGUCCAGAUCUGGUUCCAAAACUGCCGGGCCAGGGAGAAGAGGCUCACGACCAGCCCCGUCCCGACCCACCAGAACCAAGGGGGGAGGGUGGGUUUGUGGAGCGAGGAGAAGGGGAAGGUGGAAGCAUUGUGGUCCGAAUGCCAGCUUUGCGACUUUCAUUUCGGGGACCGCACCUCCGUUUCUAGGGGUCACCUUUUCUCCAGGGAGCACCUGCGGAGAUUGAAACAGGCGGAGGCAGGACAGCCGUGCCCUCAGGACCCCCCCCGACCGCCGCCCACCCCUCUACGGAACUCCAAAGGGACGAGGUCACUUCCUGUUCCCGCUCCAAACCUGUGCCUUGCUGUCUCAAAAGGAGACUUUGUUUUACCUUGACCCGGCGAAUUAGCUUUGGUAACGGUAUUUUUUUAAAAAAAAUGUUGCUUUGACUGGACCUUCAGAACUUACAGAACUCUUUUCCCGGACUGAAACCCAGGUGGUCUUGAGGGUAUAUCUCUAGUUUGGAGAAUCAUACUUGAUUUGAUUCAAAGAGGUACAUAUCCCUGUUCAAUGGACAUAUUUUACACUGUAAGCUUUAUCACAGUCCUCCACACAGCUAGGGAAUCGCUCGUCAGUCACUUGAUGAAACUCGCUCAGGACCUUCUUUCACUCACAACUUAUAAGGGGAUCACAAUCUGGGGGUGCCUGUCUCUGUCCGUCUGUCCGUCUGUCACACUUGGCAUAGCAGUUUAACACUGGGGGAACAAACCAAAACUGAUUUAAAUUCAUUUUUUCAAUCAAUAAAAAUAUAUUUUAAAUUAGUUUCUAUUACAUGUUUUUUUUUUUUUAAUACAGAGGUGGCCCAGCAACUGAACAAAAGUGAACAAAUAUUUGGAAUUGCUAAAAUUAUUAUUAUUAUUAUUUAAGUUUUUUUUUUUUUAUUUCAUAUAAUGAUUGUUAAAUGACCCAUUUUUGCAAAGAAAUGUUUAGUUCUAGCGUUCAGUGUGAACAGCUAAUGUUCUUCAAAUGCUUGUGUUUAACAUGGUAGUUUUUAUCAGUCGGCUGAAGUCUAUAAACUUCGAAGACGGACGUCCCCCCCCCCCCCCGCCUCCCCCCGCUAAGGAAGAAUAGAAACUCAACUCAAAAAUUAAAUAAAAUACGAAAAAUUUUCAUUCUAAAUAAACAAAAAAAAAAAACACCCAAACAGUUAUUCCAGUUUUCUUACAAUUUUUUUUUAUAUAUAAAAUAACUGAACUAAACGAUACCUUCACAAACUAAAGGAAAAAAAAGCUUUGUGAACUUGAUCCAACAGAUUCCAUUACUGUUAUUAUUAUUAUUAUUAUUAUUAUUAUUAUUAUUAUUAUUAUUAAUAUUAUUAUUAUUAUUAAUAAUAAUACUUGUGAUUUGUUAACUUGCCUUUGUUUGCAUUGUUUUUUAAUAAUAAUUAAAUAAAUCACAGACUGAAUUUUAACAUUGAA